AUGCGUUCAAUCGCCGACCUCCAGAAAAUUGUCGACGGCGCCACAGUGGCCAAAACGGUCUUUGAGCUACGACCAGACUACCUCGCUCUGCUGAUAGCCAUCGAUGGCAUAACGCCCUCGCCCAGCGAUUCAACCUCGGAAUCUCUCCUCCAACGAGCAGAAGCUACAGCAAAAGCACGUCUUUCUUCUACGGCAGUCACAGACAUCCCUGCCAUUAAAGCCUGGCGCGAUACCUAUAAAUCCUUUGGCGCAAAACCCAAAAAAUACCAAUCUUCCAUCGAAGCACUCACCCGUCGCAUCCCUACCUCUGGUCUGCCGCGGAUAAACAAGCUUACAGAUAUCUACAAUGCCAUUUCCAUCAUUUAUAAUAUUCCUCUAGGAGGAGAAAAUUUGGACGCGUAUAUUGGAGCUCCAAGACUUAUUCGCGCAAUUGGAGACGAGAAGUUUGAGACGAAGAAUGGGGAUGAACAUCCGGAUAAGGGGGAAGUGGUUUGGUGUGAUGAGGGAGGUGUUACGUGUAGGAAUUGGAAUUGGAGACAGUGUGUUAGGACUGUGUUGACGGAGGAGACGAGGAGUGCGCUGUUCAUUCUGGAUGCAUUGGCUCCGAUGAGCAGAGAGGAGUUGGAGAAGGUGGGUGAAGAAUUGGUGGAGGCUUUGAGAGGUGAGGCAGGUGGGUUGGUGGUUGCGAAGAGGGUUAUUGGUGUUGAAGAUGGAGUCGAUGGAUGA